AUGCCGCCAAGAGUUAGGGGUAAAGGAAAGGGUCCCAUGCGAGGGGGACCAUCAGCAGGACCUUCACAUCGACGCACUCCGUCUGCGUCACUUUCCAGUUCUGACUCCCGCAAUCAGUGGGGUCGCUCUUUCGAACCAGCGAGACACUCUGUCUCGUUGACCUCAUCUCCUUCAUUCCAUCCAUCUUUCGGGCCGCUUGUUCCAGACGAGCCUCAACAUUCGCAACAUUCUCAACACUCCCAUCACUCCCAUGAAUCUUACCAAUCUUACCAUUCGUUGCACUCUCAUUCCUUCCACCAUUCGGAUUCUACCUACUCCCCGGCACAGUUUCAUCCGAAUGAUUAUGUCAACGACUUUUUGGGCUACAACCCUUUGGGACCUGAGGAUCACUUUUCUCAGGAAAUGGAGAUGGACGACGAUCCGGACCCAGAAAUGCAAACCGGAACACCGGGACACCCGAUUAGCAUCUCAAGCGGUUCCCCAUUUCAGGGAUCACCGUACCGUGGGCCCGAUUCAUACCAAGAGAGAAUGGCCACAUAUGAUUGGUACUUUACUCCUUCGUACCAUAACUCUCCAGCUCAACCUCCUUUGGUUGAACCUCAGCUUCAAGCAGUUUCACCUCCACCACUUCCUGUUGAGGAGCCGCCUCAACAGCCACCUCAGCCACCUCCCGAGCCUCCGAGGCGAAGGAGGAAUGCGUGGAUAUCCGUGCGAGGAGGACCUCGUUUCAGUUCUCCUCAGGGUUCAAGUUCUUACCCUCCUAUUCCCAAGGAUCCCCAAAUGGGUGGACCCUCGCACGCGGUGCCGGAGAAUGAUCCUCCGCCAACUUCUUAUGCACCACCACCACUGCCAAUGGGUUUCGAUAACCCAAUCCCGACUUACCCAGGUUCUUCUGGGUACAAUCCUUUCGAAAACCCAUCGGGAUAUCCAUCGGAUUAUGGAACUCAUGAUCCGUACCUUACAGCUGCACAAUACCAUCAUCUUUACCCUUCUUCUUCUUCUUCUUCUUCUUACCCUCCAGUUUAUCCAACUGGAUACCCGGUACAGGGUUAUCAAUACCCGCCUUACCAGCAACCUCCUCCUCCCCAGCAGCAGCAAACUCAGGAGAUCUUGGAAAGGUUAGAUAGGGUUGAGCAUGAGGCAAACAAAACCAAGAAGCAGCAUAGUAGCUUUCUCAAAGGCCUUGCAAGCCUUAUUAAGGGCAAGAAGAAAUAG